GUGACAGUGUAGUUUUCCGCUUCCAUAAACAAGCUGACUGUCAGAGUUAGCUGCCAGCCCUGCGAGCGUCUGGGCUGAGUCUCCUUUUGAGGGAGUCGGACGUUACUGACAGGGAAAGUGAGCAAAGGAGAAGAGGGAGAAAGUAGGGGGAACAGGAAAAGAGACGGGACAGAAAGACAGGAAAAUCCAUCAAAAAAAAAAAAAAGGACAGGAAAGAAUUGACAGGAGAGAAGGGAGAAGACGAGAGGAACAGACAGACUGAACUGAGCUUCAGUCUCUCUUCCUCUCCUUUGACAAAGCAGAUAAAGUCAUGGCUGCGAACAACACAAAUUUCCUUCUGGAAAUGCUUCAGCCUGCCGACGUUGACCACCUGAUUAUAGCUUUCUGUGCUUCUGUGGCAGUGGGCCUUCUCUUGGGCGCCCUAGUUUAUGUGAUGCUUACUUGGUUUUCCCGACACAAAGCAGGCUCUGCCAGCAUCACCCGCCGCCCGCAUCGCCGCUCGCACACUUCUUCCCGCCAUCGUCCAGGCUUUAACCGCAGCAGCAGCUAUGACCGGCGAAGCAACAACAGCUUAGUGACAGCUGCUUUCACCUUUCACCGCCAGACUUCCUCUCCAGAUCACUUUGACGCAAUGGCGCAUAAAUCCAGCUUCAGGGGCUCCACCUUCCACCCGCUCCUCCAGUGCAGCCAAAUUGCAAGAGAGGCAGAGGAGGGGAGCCAAACCACACUGCCACGUACACCACCUCUGACUACAUCAACUGGAUCAGCUCAAAGCAUAGCCCAGCCAGCUGCCACCCCACAAAGACCAGAGUCAUUUUGGGGGAACAGUGUGAGAGGUCUUCAUGCUACGCAGACCCCACCUCCAGCUUAUGAGAGCAUAAUCAGAGCUUAUCAGGAAACCCGAACCUAAGAGGAGUGAAAGCACCACUGGCUGAUACUAAUUGGGAGAUGAACGGAUUUCCAAACUGGACUAAAUCUAUAAUGAUUUUUAUGAUCAGGUGGAGCUGGAGUGGAGAAAACAUUUAUAAUUAUUUAUAAUGUAAGGCAAGACAUAUGCUUUCUCUGUGCAGGUCAUAUAAUAACUAUGCAAGAAAAGAUGUAAUGAUUGUACACGUGAAGCUUAAAAGAUAAAUAAAAAGUGUGUGUAAGCCUGUAGUUAAUAAAGUGCAUUAGACUAUUUGAUGUUUUAUCAAAUUCAUGUUGAAAACUUGGUUAAAUGGACCUGAUGUUUGUUAUUUUCUGAAUCACAUAUUCAAGAUGAUUUUGUUUAUGUGUUUGCAUGAACAGCACUUGCGAAUGUGACAUGUGAGAAAAUGUGGGCAUUAGGUAUAAGAAUUUUUGUUUUGUAUGUUUUGAAUGUAUUUUACUGGACUCUGCUCUUAAGUUAAUGCAAUAAAGCAAGACUCAAAAAAG